AUGGGCGCCACCCCAUUCCAGCGUUCCAUUCUCGAGGUCCGGCUGCCAAAGCACUUUGACAAACCAACGAACAUGAGGUAUGACGGAACCCAAGACCCGCAGGAGUACCUCACGGCCUUUGAGGCCACGAUGAACCUAGAGGGAGUAGGAGACGAAGUAAGGUGCCGCACCUUCCCGGUCACCUUGGCAGGGCCGGUAAUACGGUGGUUCAACAUCCUACCGCAGGGCUCGGUGGCCGGCUUCUCGGAUAUUAGCCGUGCCUUCCUAGCACAAUUCAUCACCAGAAUCGCGAAAGCAAAGCACCCAAUCAACCUGCUCGGUGUGACUCAGAAGACCGGCGAGACGAUCAGGAAGUAUCUAGACCGGUUCAACGAUGAGUGCUUGGAGAUCGAGGGGUUAACUGAUUCUGUGGCCAGUCUCUGUCUGACGAACAGACUCCUUAACGAGGACUUCAGAAAGCACCUCACCACGAAUCCGGUCUGGACGAUGCAAGAGAUCCAAAUUGUAGCCAGAGAAUACAUUAACGAUGAGGAAGUCAGUCAAGUUGUAGCUGCCAACAAGUGGCAGCCCUCUUACAAUCAACCCCGGCAGCACGGUAACGAGGAAAGGCAAAAGGAGCACGCCAGAGAUGGCAAUCCGAGCAAGACACCCAGACCAUUUCCUCGCGUCGGAAAAUUCACCAAUUACACCCCCCUCACCCUCCCCAUCAUAGAAGUCUACCAGCAGAUAGCCGAGAAGGGAAUCUUGUCGAAGCCCCGACCUCUAAAGGACCAAACCAGGGGGGAACAAGAGCCUCUACUGUGA